ACUGUGCCCAGCUUCACCGCACCGUCUAUACGGACGCUCUUGGUGCGCGUUUUGUCCAGCGGCACUGCGCUGCGUGAGACCCGCCGCUCUUGUUUUGACGUGACAUUUCGCUUGCUCCGUCUGCUACGCAUAUGUGGCCAUAUAAUGACGCAUUUGAGCUUUUAGCUGCUCAAACACUGGCUUUGGGCGCUGGAGUGAUGCGUCUUUGUACAAGUUUCCGUGCUGAUUGGUAUGUUCGUCAUGUCCGCCUGGGGUAACUUGCGCGUUCCUCUGUCGAGUCACACAGAGCCAGGCUUGGUGCAGAAGUUGGUUGGGAAUAUUAUUACCGUACGGAGCGCAGAGGAGGGACAAUUGGUGACAGCGGCGUUCUGGGGGUAUUGAGCGGCUGAAUUUAAUACCAGCAUAAUCAGCAUCUUCGUGUGAGGAACAAAACUGCGGGGGACUGCUGCUGUUUACUCCUCCUCAUUUACAUACUUCCAGUUUUUGCAGAAGCCUCCCAGUCAAUUUCAGCUCCUGAAACACAGCUGCGUAAACUUAACCAGAUCUGGUGACAUUGCAGCUCUCUGUGCGUGCUUGUGUCUGUGUGUGAGUGUGUGUUGAGCAGCCUGGAUGGAUAUGCGGCUCACCGAGGGAAUCUGAAAAGCAAGGGGGGGAUUACUAUCAGUCCCUCUUCUAUUAUACCCUCAAAAUGGAUGCCGACGACAGGCUGUGGAGACACCACUGGAUUAGCCCCUCUUCCGCUGAUCUGCUUGACAUCUAAGCGGCACAAGCGUUCAAAGUUUGGAUAAUCUAAAAGGCUGAAGGUGUAGGAUGCAGUCUGGAGUGAAGACGCUCUCGGCAGGUGGAGGUGCGUCACUCUGCUGCCUGCUGCUCCUCUGGCUCAUCUAUUCCCAUCUGCUCAGAGAGGGCCAGUUGGCCGUGGGAACCUGUGAGAUAGUGAUGCUCAACAGAGACAGCAGCGUUCCCAGACGGACUAUCGCCAGGCAGACAGCCCGCUGCGCCUGCCGAAGAGGCCAGAUCGCCGGGACCACCAGGGCGAGGCCAGCCUGUGUAGACGCACGAAUCGUGCGGAGCCGUCAGUGGUGCGAGAUGGCUCCCUGCCUGGAGGGGGAGGUCUGCAGCCUCCUGUUCAACCGAUCCGGCUGGACCUGCACUAGGGGCAGCGGUCGCAUCAAGACUGUCACGCCUUUGCCCAAGGAGCCGUCGUAAGAUGCAGAGGAAAACAGCAGUUACGCUCAUUGACAUCCAUGCUACGAAAAGGAACAGAGGCUAAUCAUUACACCCGAACAGAACAUUGUGUCCAUUCACUGACAAGGCUCCAAAAUAUUUACCAGGCCUGACCUUCAGUUAAAAAAAAAAAAAAAAAAACAACAAAAAAAAAAAAAAU